AUGGUGCUGAUCAUGUUCAAGCAGUACAGUGAUCGCGAGCCCCCAACAGCGCACGCCGGCAGCGACCACGACUCGAGCGGCAUAUCGCAGGCGUCCAUGGUCGCCGAUCGCCGCCUGAAGGCCGCCUACGCGCGUCGCCGCUGCGACGCUGCACUCGAUACAGGACGAACGCUCGACAUGCAGGCCCAAGGCAUCGGCGAAGCGCACACACCGCGUUCCAUCCCCCACUCCGCCUUCCGCAGUUCCAGAACUCCCCGCAGGAGUGAGCCCUGGUCAUCAAGCCCGGGUUUGCUCCGCAAUGACCAAGGUGGCGAUGACGAAAAGCACUGCUUCAUCGCUGGCUCGCUGUUCCUGCAGCAUGUGCACAUAUGCGUUGCUCUUCCAUUCCAGUUGAAGCGGUUUCUGCACCAUAGGGGACGCUUCGACAACCCAGAGUACAGCGCGAACACAGUGUCAAGGUACGUCGGAUUUGCCAUCAUCAACUUCCUGAUGACCGGGUUUAAGUGCGUCAAUUGCUUUUCGGUGCUCGAGAACUCUCAGUCGCUGGCACAAGGAAACCGCCUCAGGGUCAGCUUGAGCAGCGAGUCGGCGAACACCUUCAGUGGUCUCGCAGCUCUGGCCGCCGUGCUGUACGUAACCAUAUUCUCCUCAACACUUAGCUGCAUCUCCGACGUGGUCUUCAUCUGCUUUCAAUGCACGGGAAACCAGAACUGCUUCAAGGCUUUCUUAUACUGGAAUGCCAUCGACAUCCUAAUCAACUUUGUGUGCGACAUCGCGUUGUAUUACAUGGUACAGUCCGUGACCAGCGAGGGUUACAAAGCGUUGCAUUCUGUCACCGAAACCGCGGAGGAGGAGAUUGCUACUUCAUCGUGGGAUUAUAUGCAAGCCACUCUUAUGGACAAAUUCCCGCCUGGCCGGGAAGAAGUCGAUUCGGAUGAAACUCCUACAGAAGUCAUCACAACGAGAAGCGAGUCGUACCCUAAGAAGGUCAUCGCAUUCACCGAGACGCUUCGCCUGAAGCCGUCACUAUCGUACAUCGUUCUUGUGGCAUUGUUUAAGGUGACGGUGCUUGCCAUAUUCCAGCAGAACGCGGCGGACCACGACGAUUUGGGCAGCAGCAGCUAUCCGCAGGACGCCAGCAGCUCGUCCAUGUCGCGCAUUGCCGUCUGGAAGGCCCUGUACGCGCAGCACCGCUCGAGGCUUCAAACAAUCCGGGAGCGAGCGCUCGAGAUGCAAUCCACGAGCCCUGCCGAGGAGUCGGAGCCUGAGCAACCGCGUCCGGCCACUGAGGCUCACCCAGACCUUGCGACACCUGCAACAGAGUCCGAUAAAGACGGCUCGGCGGAGUUUCCCAAGCAGCAGGAGGACGUCGGGCUCUCGGCUAAUCCCGAGCACGUCCCCAAUGAGGACGUGAACAGCAAAGCAUUAACAUCAGGGACGGGCCAUCUGGGUGGCGUAGAUCUCUCGUCGGAUCUCGGAAACCACCAGCCCAACAAAGACGCGGACGCCAAUUUGUCACAACGGCCGCGACAAUUUCUGAAUGAAAAACCGAGCAUGUCUCGCUAGAGGCGUAAAUAGGAGGCGUAGGCGCUCGUGAACCGCGACUGUUAAUUAUGUCACGGUUAUUUGUAAAUAAUGUUUUGUCUUAGAUGUGCGGCCCUUAUUCAUUUGGAAUGGCCUCUACAGCACGAGGCCUGAUUUGUUUUCGUGAUAAGGUUGGCUGGGUGCUAUGAAAUUUGGGUUGAAAAAGUGUAAACGAGUGCUAACGAAACUUUCUACUUCGAGAAUUCGCUCCAUGGCACCGCGUGUCGAGUAGCACAGCAUGUGUACAUUUUCCAAAGCGUCCUCUCUGCCGCUCGAGAACACAGUGAAGUACUCGUCGCGACUAUAUUUACAAAUGAUCCGUUUUGCACCGACGUUAGCAGACGCUUUUCGUAGUAUGAUACCAAGCAACGCUAAUGGGGUACUCAAGUGCAUUACCUUUUGUCCUUUUGUCCUCAAUACUUUACUAAUCUCAGCAUAAUUCUUCCCAGCUGUUUUGUCAUAUGGCAACGGCUAGCUACGCAAAACUUCCGAGUGACAACACUUGGUUGUUUUCCAUUCCUUUCAAAGAGCAGCUGGUACAGAAGAACAAAAAUAAUUUGCGCUUGGGAGGGUUUGUGUCGCUUUUUACCAAGACUUUCCAAGACUUGCCGUUUUUACCAAGACCUUUUUUGUGAAAAACCUCGCGCUGUUGAGCCCCUCUUACAAGGUUGCAUGCUUCAGUUUCAUAUAAAUUCCGUUCAAUUUUCCAGUAAGCUUUCUUGAAGGGAAGAUAUUUGAUAAUGUUGUGUUGAUGAUAUUAUGUUGCCUAUAAAAACUGGCAUUGAUCAUGGAUAUUUGAUAAUGUUGCGUUGAUGAUAUUAUGUUGCCGAUAAAAAACUGGCAUUUAUCAUGGCUCCAAGUUGCCUAAAGUUAUUUACACCACCUAUACUCAGUGGUGUAAUUUACUAUCAUAAUGACCAUCAUCGCGAGCA